ACUGGAACAAGAUGGCAGUUAUUCGUGUGCAUGUAUGUGCAGAUAGGAACGCGUCGCAGUCCGAUUGCGAACAUAGCACGGCUGGAGGCGCCCGGCGGUUGUUUGCGGAUGGCUGGCAGUGGCUGCCAGAGUGUGGCUGCCGGACAAUUGCUCGCGGGCAAUCUCCGACAGCAUUUUGACUUGGUGCACUCGGCCGUCCGCUGACCUCCUCGCCUUCAUUGAGCCCACUUCGUCAUCAUGACCUCUCAACAGACCCCGUCGUUCGGGUACUCCGAAGCAUUCAAGCCUGCUCCUCGGAAGAAGCGUAGCAAUAGGCCUGCGAGGGAGCUUCCCUCUCCCUCGGCGUUGCUACAGCGGACGAUGGACGAGCUGGCCGAGACCGAGUGGAUCAGAGAGUGUAAACAAAUCGUCCGCGAGUCGCUGGACGCACUAACCUUCGGGUGCCCAAACGUGCUCUGCCUUGGCCUGGGCAGCCCGUCCGCGUCGCGUGACGCGCGCGCCCAGCUGGCCUUGCUCCUUGCCAUAUGCGAGGACCUGCACAUCGACCGCGCGAACGUAUCCGUGUACGACCCCGUCUUCGCGGAGGCGGACAUCGCGCUGCUAGCCGCGCUGGGCGUGGCCCGGCUGACGGAGGACAGGCACGGCCGCUUCCGCGCGGCGGCCCCGACCGUCGCGUUCAUGCCGCACUGCGACCUGCAGCUGUACGAGAACCUGUUACGUGAAAACUGGGCAGGCGCGGGCCUCUCCCCGCUCGUCCUUAUCGCGAACCGCCUAAGCGACUAUGCCGAAAGGUGAGGCGCAGAUGAUGGGUUGGGCUGGCUCGUGUGCCCAGGGUGCCUGCAGCGGCCCUUCUCGCGCGACCUCUCCGAGUCUCCGGAGAGGAGUAUGGCUGACGUUACUGUAUCGGGCGUGCACAGCGUUCCGGCGCGGAAGAUGUCCGUCGAAUACCCUUGUGUCUGGCGUCUGGCGCCGCAUCUCGUGUCCCGCAAUCUCCCGCCGUGCGCGGCGUAUCCGACGGCGUUUAACAA